CAGCGUUUUACCAUUAUCGAUUUAAGGUUUCAAAAAUCGAUUUUUUUGGUUAUCACAGCAGCCCUCGGUAGAUUUGCGUCUUGUGUGUCCAGCAACUGUAUAGUGUUUAAAUUAUAAAAGUAGUGUGGUUUACAGUGUAGUUGUGGUUUACCGCAUAGUGAAAACAAUGUCGACAAGAGAAGAAUACUUUUCAAAGAAGUUGGUAUACUUGCAAGACUGCUACAGUAGAUUACAAUGGAGUUCAGGCAAUGCACCAACGGUGUCCGACAUAUCAGCUGCUAUUAAGUAUUUCAAUAAAGCGUUGCUUAGUAUAAUGAAGGAAGUCACAGAAAACCAGAAAGAUUUAAUUAGUGUCACCAACACAACUUAUUCCAUCAGUUCGUAUAUUUGCUUUAACAAAGUGAAUUACACUUAUCCGUGUUUGGAUUACUUUACCUUCUUUAAUACUGUUGUCUCAAUGAUGGGAAAACUUCCUUAUCUGCAUUCUGGCCAUGAAGAUAUGUCUGUAAUGUUGAUGGAAGGUAUAUGUCUUGUUACAAUGUUUUUGGAAGAAAAGGCAAGGGCCACUGUUCCACUGACUGUUGCAGGUUUAAUCACCGAGCUAUGUUGGAGCACUACUUACAUCUUAAUACAAGAGUAUAUUGUAAAGACGCUCUGUAAUUCUAUUCUACCCUGCUGCUUGGGGUUGAUGACAGACAAUAAAAAUUUAAAAAGUUGUUUUGAUACGUUACCUGCUGUUAUAUCUGUCGUGUUAGAUGGUGUACAAAAUGUAUCGCUUCAUUUUCGUGUUAUUGAAACAAUCAUGUUGUUCAAGCAAGAUGUUUGGUUGGACUUGAUGUCUGUGAUAUCCUAUGGUGGAGGCAAAGGAAAGGCUUAUGCAGUUCAACUUCUAUUCCACUACUGGCCAUUUCUACAUUCUGCACCUACGGAACACACUACACCUUCUCAAUAUUCAUGCAGCAUGGUGUCCUGUACGAAUCUGCAGUGCAAAUCACCACCAAACAACAAUGCUGCAACAUUAUUGAUUUUGGAUCAAUCUUUAUCGACUAAGUUUGCGAAUUCCCCCCCACCCCUAUAUUUAUGCUAUGCUUGCUCACAGACAAUUGGUCACAAAUCUGAAGUUUUACCUUCUUUAGAAGUGAUGCUUCCAACUGAAAACAUAAGCUUUAACUGUGAAAAUAAGCACUGCUUAUCAAACGAUCCAACUGCCACAGUAAUCCUUUGCAGCAGCCAGAAGAAAUACUUAAAUGCUCAUAAUGAAAAAGCUGUUAAACACUUUAGUUAUACAUGGAACCGUUUGGAAAAUCGUGCAACCAGAUACUGUGAUGAAUGUUUUUGCAAUCUUAGAAAUGUUCUUCAGCAUCUAAACUUAAUAACUCAAGUAUCACCAAUAUGUGUCUGGGAAACAGACUCAACCACCAUGCAGACUGUUAUAAAUGCAAUUGAAAGCCUCCUUAUUGAAACUAGUGGCCAAACUUCAGCAAAAUAUCUUGAUGAUGAUUCAGCAAGUUCAAUAAAACUUUCAAAAAUUUCCUUCCGAGAUUCCAAUGCUACAACAACUCAACUACCAUUUAUUGAAGCUAAUUAUGUUUAUCCCUGUGUUGCUUGCUGUGAAAACAUCGGUGGUCAGAAUGACUUACUUGGUCAGUUUGGAGUUUGGUUGCUUGUUCUACUCUGUCCACCUAAAGAAAACAUCUGUGAGAAACUUGCUAUGCAACUCAUAUCAACAAUAUUAUGCUGGUACGGAACAACUUCCUGCUUGAAGGCAGGUGAAUUUGGCAGUCGACUGGAAAGUUUAAAACCCAAGUAUCUUCAUCCCUGGUUGGAAAAGAUGUGUGAGCUUUACUCUGAUGUGGUGGUCGCAAUUCUAUCCCCAAAUCCAUCACAGAACUCUCGAGUUAGAGGAUACUGGGAUUCAAUUCAACCUUUGUGGAAACAUUAUGAAGAUACUCUAACACUGAUAGUAUGCUUGUCUUCAUAUUCUAUUAUCAGGUUAGACAUGUGGAAACGUUUGAUGCCCUUGUGGCUAGCGGCUCUUAAUGAUAACAUUCCCUCUGCUGAUUUGAUACAGCUCAAACCUGUGUUGACUACAUUACUUGAUCCUCAACUUUCACCAUUAUCAUUCGAUGCAAAAGACAUGUUUGGGUUUAUAUUCAAUCGUUUCAAUCAACAUACAUUAUUAGCAUAUGAGGAUUCCCUUGAAUGGUUACAGGUGCUAACUGAAACUGAAGUCUUUCUUCCUCUUGAAAUACUUAGCUCUGUCUUUUGUGACGUGAAGUUGGUUUAUGAUGUAAACCAAUUUUCUGAGUCAGCACAUUCCCUGCACGCUCUUAAUGUUGAUUGUAGUUUUAAAGAAAUGAAGGAAGACAUGACAAACAUUUGCAAACUUGAAUCAAUAUUUGAAUCAAUGAACAUUGUUUGCAACAAUUCAUGCUCUGGUAGAGACUUGAAGGACAUGUUUUCUUCAUCUGCAACCAAUGAUGGAAAGAGAUCUGGAAUGUGGAUUUCAUUUCCAACGGCAAAAAUAGUUAAAUCACCAUCUUUUGUUAAAAGUCGUAGAUCAUCAAGCAGAUGUCAACGUUUUACGAGACUUGACUUGGAUAUAAAAACACAAGAAGCAAAUUCAGUAUUGUCAUCCACAAAUGACAAAAUGUUAAAUUUUACUCACACCUUAAUUUGUUACGUGGAUAUGCUGGAUGUAGUUUACCAACAGAUUCAGCUUCAAGAAUAUGCAAGCCAUGAAACUUUUAAAACAAACAAUCCUUCUUUAUAUGAAAGUUUGUUAUUAUUAUUAUCAAAGCUGGUUUUUCAUACACUUGAAGGAAAAGUUUCGCUUAAGCCCCCAUAUUCACAAACCUUAAUUGAUGCAAUGUCCGAAUUAUUUCAAUUGUUCUUUCUACUCCUGAGUUAUAUUCUACCAGAGGAAGAAAGUGAUUGGCCCAGUAAGCCUAUAGAAGAUCAAUUAAAGCCGACCAAAAUUUCUGAACUUGGUGUCGAUUCAUUUGAUCGUUUUUCAAUUUCUGUGAAACUGCUUUAUGGGAUGAUCAAGGUUUUAAAUGAACCAACAGAUCCAAACACAACCUACCAUCUUAUAAGGUGUAUUUCAGUUUUAUGUUUGAAAGCUAAUUUAUUGGUAAAUAUAUCGGAGAUUGAAGAUGAUGUGAUGAGAGAAUUUGAAUACAGGCUCUUCUUUCCAAGUAUAUGGAAAUAUGUCGACCUGGGACACACAGAUACAACCAAACUACUUGUCCCAGUUCUACUGAGAGCCUCUGUCCAUUUAAAACUUGGUCUCUUAUCACUGCUUGAAUUACUUGACGUAUCAUAUGUUCAAACUGAAGCAGCUCAGCAUGUGGAUGGGUUACCAUGGGUGCCACAAUUUACUACAAUUAAUCGGAUACAAGCUAUAUUGAUGUGCAUUGAUGACGUCAUCAUUAAUCUACGUUCAUCAAUUACAUACAUUGUGACAUACUCAAUUAUUUUGUUGUUCUCGGCUUUUGAUGAGACAAACACAGCUGUAAGCGUGAAAGCAAAGAUGGUGUUUGAAACAUUGAGUGUUGCAUCUCUACAGGUCAUUUAUAAAUGCAUGGAACAUGAGUUUGACGAAUCUGUGAAAGACAGACAGAUCUUGUUGACAACUUUCUUAAGAUUACAUCUUGUGCGACCUAAUACCAAAGCAAUUUCAUUUUCCUUCUUCUCCAAAAGAAUGGAUAUUUUGUCAGCGGAAGCAGCAUAUUACAAAAAACUUGGACAAAAUUUUCCAUUUCCUGUUGGUGCUUGUAGUCAGAAGACGCUACUUAAUAAUGAUAGAUUAAGUACGAAAGUUAAACAAGUCCACAGGAAUCUUCAUUCUUCUUUACCAAUUAUUAAUAGAUUGGCUUCUAGGAAUGGAACACAGAAGUCAGAUGACACAAGUGCAAAUGAGUUGACCUUGUUUGAGGAGCAACUUAACUACAACACUGUUCACCAACUUAUAUACGCCAUGUGCAGAUACAUGAUCGAUUGUAAAAAAGAAGAAAUCACUUCAUCAAAAUUUUUUCGUGUGUUUCUUCAUCAGUUUCAGUCAAUAUUUAGUUACAGUGAACAUAUGUCUUAUUUCACUUGCACACCUGCAGUGUUAAGAUCUUGCAUUGGAUUGUCAACAUUUUUGCUUAAUUUGCCAUUGAUACUUGACCAUAACAUGAAUCUUGGAAACGUGAUUCUACCAAUGGUGCUAUCUCUGCUUGAACAUGUGACAAGUAGCGGCUCCUCAACCAAAGACAUGGAGUUAGAGCCAAGAUCUUUGAACUUUCUCUUAGAUUCUUGCAAAUCAUCUUGGCUGUUAUGUAUUCAGAUUAUACUUUACAAGUAUGAAGUGUCUGAGAGUGUACAACGGAACCAACUCCAAAGAUUGAUGCGAGUUUGCUUAAACACGCUUGAGUCAGAAUUCCAUGGAUGUACAACUGAUUGCCUGAAAAUUGAAGCUUAUUCCAAUGAAGGAGAUGCAAAAAUACGAAUCAAUACAGUUUCCCCACAAACUACGAAUACGAGGAAGACAGUCAGAGACCUGGCUGACAAUGAGGAUCAAACAUUUUAUAGCUCUAGUCCACCUGCUUACAAAGAUCUUGAUUCUUAUGACAGCUUCAAUGUGAAUCAUUCACUGUCAUCUGCUCAUCAAACCAAUAUAUCUGACACUGUUAUGAAAAGUUUUGCGAAUUUAAAUCAUUGGAAUGAGGCUUUGGCAAGUGGACUGCACUGUAAUUUUGAUUCAAAUAAAACUAAACAAAGCAAAACAAAUUCAAGAUUUGAUCAAGGAGAAGCCACCAAUAGAAAAGUUGAUGAAUUGUCUCAAGAGAAAAGAAGGCGGGAAAAUUUGUCACAUAUAUCAGUAAGAUGCAUUCACUGCAAAGAAAACAUAACUGAAUCAAACAAGGACACAAUUUCUAUAUGUAUUGUUAACUUGUGUCAAUUUGUGAGAUUUGAUGCAAGUCUUGCAGUUCCAUCAAUUCCACGAAUACUUGCACAGUUAGUCAAAGUAGCUGAACCAUUAUGGGAUGAAAACCCUAUCUCAACAACAGGCAGCUCUGCAUUUGAAAGUUCAGCUCACAUGGCUAAACAAUCUAUUCGCUGCAUCCUGCACCAACUGGCUGAAAAUCAUAUUUUCUCACGAUUAUUUCUUGUGUCAUUCCAAUCAGGUGAUCAUUUCAUCCCAGUGUUAAUGACCUGUCUGCGAGGAUACUCAGGUUUACAUCAUGUUGAUGUGUUAAGAUAUGUGUUGGAGGGGCUUCCUGAUGAUCUUUCUGAAUUAAAUUCAACUGUGUUAUCAAGGCUGUUAACGAACUUAGCAACGUACCUUCAAUACUUGCCACAUGAUGCUCCCAACAAUCAGUGGCAACCUGUGGUUAACUCAUUCGCUUUGUUUUUCUUAAAAAUGCAAAGUUAUUUACAGAAGUUUGAAAUGAAAUCAUUUGAUAAUCUCCUUAACAUUAUGAUAGCAUUAUUAAAUGCACAUGCUUAUCUUACAUUGAAGCAAUCAUUGCUUGAACCAUUUUCCAAAGUAUUAACAAUGUUGAUACCAUCAAGUCAUUUCUCUGUGGUUACCUUUCACGAGCUCUGUACUACCACCAAUAAAAUAUUUAACAAGGACAGAGACAAGCUGUUUAUAACUCGACUUGCAAUUGCCAAACUUAUCGCAUCACUUAAGCUAAGUUGCUCAAUCAGUGAAUGCAACUUGCUGCUUCUACUACAGUUUGUGUUGCUUGAUUCUGGCAGUUCAGUUAAUCCUCGCACCAUGUUUCAUUUCCUUUCAAUGAAAGUUUUAUCCAAAUCAAAGGGACCAAGUUAUGCCAUGGAAUGCAUGAAAGGACACUUGUCUGAUUGUCUGGAUAUUCUUUCAGAUGAACAAUUUCUGACUAAGAUUGCUGAUAAGUUGAACAACCAUACAAACUGUUGCACACUUGAUAUGUCAUGCACUGAUAGCGGAAGAUCUCAUAUUAAACUUGCUAUUGCUCAAAUUGUAGCUGGAAUGUUAUGUCAGAAAACUCUGAAUUCAAGUUUUCCAUGGUUGUUUCAGCCUCCAUCGACUAUGCAGUAUGGCUUGAAAGAAUACAAUGAUUGCGUAACUCACAUCAAACGGUUGUCAUGGAUACUACUUGGAACACUCAGCCACCUUGGGUUGCAACAAUUUCCUGAACGAACAUUAUGGCAACCUGUUCCAUUUGAAACUGGUCCAAAUUUGUCAAAUAUAUUGCAAGUAAUAUUUGCAGGGUACUUGGAACAUAAUAAGGCAAGAUAUUCAUCAAAUGAGCAGGAAAUAAAGAUUAGCAUGGGAGCGUUGUUUUACUCAUUCUUAUUUUGCCAGUUAUGGACUGUCUACUGUGAGCAACUCUCUUUCUACCUUCCAUCACAAGCUAGUAGUGGUGUGACAGGCUCUGUUAGCAUUGGUAAUAGUUACAACCCCAUAAAUGAACACGCCACACCAGCUAUUUUACUACUAGAAUUCUGGAGCCGAGUUACACCAAGUAUAUUGGUAUUGUUAGAACAAGAUGGGCCGAUUUCAAAAAAUGGACAUCGUCACAUAGCAAGCCUUAUUGAGUGUUUACGAAAAUAUGAUUCAUCAAUUCUGUUUAAGCUUCAACCGAUGUGGACACCAUUAUUAAACUUACAGCCGUUAGUGAAAAAGUGGUCAGCCGAUGAACUUAGAGCAUAUCACAACUUUAAUUCAGCUUGUUCAUCAAGUGAUGACAAACAGAAGAACAAUUCAAAAUUAAAUUCAGAAAAUAUUUUAUCAAUUGUUGAAGACAUCAAGGGAAGAUUAAUUCAUAUCGAAAGUGAUAAUGGACUCUACAUUGUUUAAAAUCAUUCCUUAUUGCAUGUAGCUUUAUCGUGGGUAAAAAUCAUUAUCAUGGUAGUGUUUAGAGUCAUUUUGUGUAGAAAACUGUUGCCAGCAUGAAAUAGAUGUAAGGCUGUGUAAAUUUAUUCCGUAUUUUAAAAUCCUACUUUGGUCA